AUGAAGUCAGCUAUUAGUAGAAUCACAGCCAAUGGAGCUCGUAGGUUCUCUACGGCACCAGUGCUUGCUGAAAAGAAGAAAUUGAACAAAUAUUCGGGUAUCGUUACUCAGCACAAAUCGCAAGGUGCAUCGCAAGCCAUGCUCUACGCUACUGGGUUCACUGAAGAAGAUAUGGACAGAGCCCAAGUUGGUGUUGGUUCUGUUUGGUGGUCCGGUAAUCCUUGUAACAUGCACCUUAUGGAUUUCAACGAGAGAGCUACUGAAUCUGUCAACAAGGCAGGUUUGAAAGCUAUGCAGUUCAACUCCAUUGGUGUUUCCGAUGGUAUUACCAACGGUACUGAAGGUAUGAGAUACUCCUUGCAAAGUAGAGAAAUCAUUGCUGAUUCCUUUGAGUCCAUGACUAUGGCUCAAAUGUACGAUGCUAACAUUGCCAUCCCAUCUUGUGACAAGAACAUGCCCGGUACUUUGAUGGCCAUGGGUAGACACAACAGACCAAGUAUCAUGGUUUACGGUGGUACCAUCUUACCUGGUCACCCAAGUGGAUGCGGUGGUACCUCUGGACCAAGUGCUCCAAAGCCUGAGGAUAACAUCGAUAUUAUCAGUGCUUUCCAGGCUUACGGGCAAUACUUGUCCAAGGAUAUCAAUGAAGAACAACGUAAAGAUAUUGUCAAGAACGCUUGUCCUGGAGCUGGUGCUUGUGGUGGUAUGUACACUGCUAACACCAUGGCCAGUGCUGCCGAAGUUAUGGGUAUGUCCUUGCCAUACUCCUCUUCUGCCCCUGCUGUUUCUCAAGAAAAGCGUGAUGAAUUAGCCUCUGUAGGAGACCACAUCAAGAACUUGUUGGAAUUGGACUUGAAGCCAAGAGACAUAAUGACCAAGAAAGCUUUUGAAAAUGCUAUUACUUACAUUAUUGCAACUGGUGGUUCCACUAACGCUGUUCUUCAUCUUAUUGCUAUUGCGCAAACUGUUGAUAUUGAAUUGACUGUUGAUGAUUUCCAAAGAAUCUCUGAUUCUACUCCACUUUUGGCAGAUUUCAGACCAUCUGGUAAGUAUGUUAUGGCCGAUUUGCAAAGAUACGGUGGUACUCCAGCUGUUAUGAAAUUAUUGUUGGCUGAAGGUAAGAUCGAUGGAUCUCAAAUGACCGUCACUGGAAAGACUAUUGCUGAGAACUUGGAGAACUUGCCAGGUUUGCCAGAAGUUCAAGAUAUUGUCCGUCCUCUCUCUAACCCAUUAAAGCCAUCCGGUCAUUUACAAAUCUUAAAGGGUACCUUAGCACCAGGAUCUGCUGUUGCCAAGAUUACCGGUAAGGAAGGUACCUACUUUGAAGGUAAGGCUAAGGUCUUCGACGAUGAAGAAGCUUUCAUUCACGCUUUAGAAAGAGGUGAAAUCAAGAAGGGUGAAAAAACUGUUUGCGUUAUCAGAUAUGAAGGUCCAAAGGGUGGUCCAGGUAUGCCAGAAAUGCUUAAGCCAUCUUCAGCCGUCAUGGGUUAUGGUUUAGGUAAGGACGUUGCCUUAUUGACUGAUGGUAGAUUCUCAGGAGGAUCCCAUGGGUUCCUUAUUGGUCACAUUGUUCCAGAAGCUGCUGAAGGUGGACCAAUUGCUUUAGUAUAUGAUGGUGAUGUCAUUAUUAUUGAUGCUGAUAACAACAAAAUUGAUUUGUUAGUCAGUGAGGAAGAGCUUGCUGAAAGGAAGAAAUCAUGGGUUGCCCCAUCUCCAAGAUAUAAGAGAGGUACCUUAGCCAAGUAUGCUGCAUUAGUAAGUGAUGCAUCUACUGGUUGUGUUACUGACAACUUCUAG